GCCGAAAGUAGCGAAAACCGCAAGGUUCAAAAUGGAGGUUUUCGUGAAAGAACUAGGUCCCGAGUGCCUCACAACGGACGGUACGGCUCUAACAUGCAAAUUGGGUGCGAAAGUGGUGAAUGCGGAGCAGAAAUACUUCGUACAGCAACACUUAAAUUGCGCCAAUCACCAGGAAUGCGCUAAGAGAACGAAGAGUGCCUCGCGAGACAAAUCGUGCCCGCCAGUAUGGGACACAUUCGCAUGCUGGCCGUCGGCCACCGGUGGAACCGUGGUGACACGUUCAUGCAGGGUGCUACUCCGAGAAGAAAUCGACACAAUGGGGGAAACGCGGUGGUUUCUUCGCGCUGGUAGCGGCGAGCCCUUCGCAUUUCGACUCUGCACACCAUGGGGUUGGCUGCAAAACUCCACGAACUACAACGCUUGUAUAGCUGCACUCGGAGAUGAUGAGGUGACAGGAGCCAUCUCGCGAGCUGUGAAGGUUUCUACGAUUGCCUUCGGUUUCUCUGUGACAUCACUCGUUUUCUUGGCUGCCACAGCCUUCAUCUUCACCCGUUUCAGCUCUUUGCGAUGUUCCCGGACGAGGGUACAUCUAAACCUGGUCGUUGCGCUCAUCGUAAACAACUUAAUGCUCAUAGUGAUCACGAUGCCCGUGGUUGUGAAUCAUCCAUCGAGCCUCCUGAUAUUCAACGUGAAGAAUGUGGUAAAUACGGAAUCCUUGCGUUACCCUUUCAGUGCUCAAAUUCGCCGAGCCGAAUAUCGUGAUUUCAUAUCGAUACAAUUUCAGCCUGCUGCCUGUAAGGUGUCACUUUGUUUGAAAUUAUACUCCUCCAUGGCUUCGAUAAACUGGAUGUUUGUGGAAGGCAUCCAACUGCACUCCAGAAUCACAACGUCCAUAUUCCAGCGGGAGGCACCAUUCAAGCUGUACUAUUUCAUAGGAUGGGGAGUUCCUUUGAUAUUCGUGGUGCUCUGGGCUGUCAACAUGGAACAGAUAAUGCCAGGCUCGACGUGUUGGGAGGGCUAUCGUUCGAAGCAGUGUGUCUGGCUGCUCACCGCGCCAAAGUUGGCCGUGCUCUUGAUAAACUUCGUAUUCUUGUUAAAUAUCAUUCGCAUCCUCGUUACGAAAGUGAAGAGCAUCUCUGCCGAGAACAAACAAUUUCGGAAAGCAAUAAAAGCGACUGUACUUCUAUUUCCUCUACUGGGAAUGACUCAUCUCCUCUACGGAGUGACCUCUCAGGAAUAUGGAGAAACCUUCAGCCAAGUUUAUAUGAUUGUCAACGCCGUGCUCCAAUCAUCUCAGGGGAUAUUCGUCUCCGUCAUUCAUUGCUUCAUGAAUUCAGAGGUCCAGACUGCACUUCGGAACGCUUAUCUCCGAGCUCUUAUCAGGCGCAACCCGAACAGGCGAUCACUUGCAUCGCAAAACGUUACGCAAACUUCAGCCGUCUUCCUCGCACAUCCUUACUCCGCGAGGACAC